GUUUGGGUGAAAGCGGGAGUGACACACGGAGGUUCUGUGUUGAACAAUUGUAGCAACUUAAAUUGUCAAGUGUCAGGAUGAAGGUGGUAACCUGUGAGAUCGCCUGGCAUAAUAAGGAGCCAGUAUAUAGUAUAGAUUUCCAGCAGAAUGGGGAGGGGAGGAUACAGCGCCUGGCUACAGCUGGGGUGGACACCACAGUACGGAUGUGGCGUGUAGAUAAAGGUCCUGAUGGGAAGGCGGUCGUUGAGUUUUUGUCAAACUUGGCACGACAUACUAAAGCAGUGAAUGUGGUGCGUUUCUCACCCACUGCUGAACUCCUGGCUUCUGGAGGGGAUGAUGCGGCUAUCUUGCUUUGGAAACUGAAUGACAAUAAAGAGCCUGAACAAGCCUUUCAGGAAGAUGAAGAUGCUCAACUCAAUAAAGAGAGCUGGAACGUAGUGAAGACUCUGAGAGGACACAUUGAGGACGUUUAUGAUAUCUCAUGGACCGGUGAUGGGAAUUUCAUGGUUUCCGGCUCUGUGGACAACACUGCCAUCAUGUGGGAUGUCAACAAAGGUCAAAAGAUGUGCAUCUUUAAUGAUCAUAAGAGUUAUGUGCAGGGAGUGGCAUGGGACCCACUUGGACAGUACAUUAGCACACUAAGCUGUGACCGAGUGAUGCGUGUGUACAGUGCUCACAACAAGAAAAAAGCUUACAGUGUGAGUAAGAUGACAUCAGCCACUGGUGGAGAUGGAGAGGUGAAGAACUAUAGAAUGUUUCAUGAUGAUGGCAUGAGAUCAUUCUUUAGACGUCUCUCCUUCACGCCAGAUGGGUCAUUCCUCCUUGCACCAGCUGGGUGUGUUGAGGCUGGAGAGAAUGUCACAAACACCACAUAUGUAUUUUCCAGGAAAAGCUUUAAGAGGCCCAUCGCUCAUCUGCCCUGUCCAUCUAAAGCAACUCUGGCUGUGCGCUGCUGCCCAGUCUUUUAUGAACUUAGGACCAUGAAAGCUGAAGAUGGUUCACUGAAGCCAGUGUCAAAUACUUUAAAUUUGCCAUAUCGACUGGUGUUCGCAAUUGCAUCAGAAGACUCAGUCUUCUUUUAUGACACACAACAAAAACUGCCAUUUGGAUAUGUGUCAAACAUUCACUACCACACACUGAGUGAUCUCAGCUGGUCUCGUGAUGGCUCCUUUUUGGCAGUGUCAUCAACAGAUGGCUACUGUUCCUUCGUGUCAUUUGAAGAGGAGGAGCUCGGCACUCCGUUAAAGGAGCGACCUCCAAUGGAGAUGGUGACCCCAGCCUCCAAUGAGAAAAAGGGCAAAAGAACUUCAGCCAGUGGCAGGACUGCUUCCCCAGUGCCCCGCCAGGCCAACACACCAGCUGCACAGGAAAAGGAGAAAGAGGCAUCUGCUGGCCCUGCGUCUUCAAAGACCCCCAGCAUAUCUGGUCCAGAAGAAAAACACACACUGCAAGGGCUGAAAACAAAACCUCAACCCAGGCGGAUCACACUCAAAACCUUGGAGGGCUGGGGAAAACCCAGUACCACCAAAUCACCAGCAGCUGCUCCCAAAACAGCCCCUAACACCCCAAAAUCUGCUCCCUCCACGCCUUCCUCCAGCAAACUGCCCCUCACACCCAUUACAGCCCCCAGCACGCCGCUUGGUCCCUUCAACUCCAAAAGUACCACAACUCCAAAAGGACCUACUCCCAGACGAAUCUCACUGACUCCUGUUGUGUCCAGUUCCCCCACUACCUCUCAUGGCUUUGUUACUCCAUUGUCCACAGAGAAAGCCAAACAUGAAAGACCAUCUCCCCCCAGUGACCCAGCAUGCAAACCUCCUGAAUCCAAGAGGUCCAAGACUGAUGUUCCCAGUGACUCUACCCAGAGCAAUGAACACAAAGUGACCACAGAACCCAGCGUCAAACCCCAGCAACCUUAGACAUUGAACAUUGGUUCAUUGUGCCUUUUGUAAAGCACUCACAUCCUCAGAGAUUAAGUUCAACCAUUAAAUCAGUAACUUAAAUCAUCUGAACCCAAGCUGCACAAGUGAAUACAAGGACGUAUGGAGUCAGGCAUGGACUUGCAUACUGUUUCUUAAACAUGUUUAUUUCUUGAUUUUCAGUGUUUUUCCGUGAGUAUUCUCCUAAACAGCCUGCUUCUCCACGGUUAAAUUUGAUAUGAAUUUUAUUUAAGCUUAUGGACUUUACAGUUGUAUUAUUACUGUCAGUUUCAGUUUUGUUCAUGAAAAACUGUUAAAAGAGGGGAAACGGUUCUUUGUGGAACAAAUUGUUCAGAUAAAUUUAUGUGGUUGUGUUGUAAAGAGUUUCUUAAACAUUUUGGUUUUUUUAGGUACUUAAGAAAAAGAUCUAAAUAAGUUGUCUGGGUUCUUUAACAUAUUUUAUCAAUUUAUGAUGUCAAUUUAAUUUCAUUUAUAAUAUUUUAUCUUCGCUUUUUAGUAGAUCAAGAUUAAUUUCAUAGCAUAUUGUGAUAAAAUGAAAAUGCAACUUAUGAUAAUUAACAGUAUUGCCAGGAUUUGUUUUUAUUCAAUGUUAACAUGAUCAAUGUACAAUGUGCUUUCCUGAGGGAAAUAGAAAUACAGUCAUUUAACAGAAAAUCUUAAAACAUAUUUUAAGCAACAACUCCAAAGCAAGAGGGAUAGUGUGUAAAUGAUAGCAUACUUGUAUAAUUAAAAAAAGAAACUAAAAUAGUAAUAAUAAACAUAAGAACAAUACAAUAUAUUGAUAUUGGUGACUACAUUAGUUACAAAGUUUAACAAUCAAAACCUACAGAAAAGCACAUGAAAAUAUUUCCCAUACAUAUUUCUAUUCACGAAAACUGAUACAUUUGGAACACAGAAGAACAUCAAACACAAAGGAAUCAAGACCAUUCUUUAUAAAUGUUCUUGAGUCCACCUCCAGAAUGAGGAACCCAGCACCCCAGACUGCUUUAAUUGACACACAUAACUAUUUUCUCAAAUCCGAAGGUAAUUCAAAACUAACCUGAGGCCACGUCCAUUCUAAUGCUUGUAAGUUUGAAACCUCCAUUUUCAGUCUACUGAUGUCAUCGUUUUCCAAAGAGGUUAUGGGUGCUGUUCAUGGUGUAAGAAAAGACUGCUCUAAUGUAGAUGAAAGGCGUAAACGUAGCGAAAAUAAUAUAUAUGUAUUGCCGAAAACAGUGCUGCAUUAAAUAACAUCUGGUGCAGUUUGAAAUGCUUACACUUAAAAUGCGAAUAGGUAAUCCGUUAAAUUUAGGUAGUUUUCACUCAAUUUUGGUGUGCCUUGUAAUAAAUCACAGUGUAUGUAAAUAAAAAAUGUAUUCUUGACAUUACUCUUUUAAAACGUGUGCCAAGACUGCUAGAAAAACAUAUAUUUUUGGGUGGAAGUUCAAUGUACAGUUGCCUAAAAAUGGUUAUCAGUGUAUAACGUAAUAUAGUAAGUAUUUUUGAG